AUGGAUGUAGAAAGUCAAAGAAGUCAAAGAAGCGCGCGAUCGACGGGCACAACGAGAAGCGCGCGCACCCGCGCGAGGACUGCACGUGAAGUUGUGCUCACGGAGAAUGCGGACGACAAGGCCUUUAGGAAAGGGCUAGAAAAGCAAUUCAAACCAGUCUUUGAUAAGCACGGGAAAGAGGGCAUACUAGUAAAGGAACUGCAGGAUGAACUGGACGAUACGGGAAUUAUCAACAUAAUUCCGGAAGAGCGCCUCGACAGGCUCGUGGAGUUGGCGGACAAGAACGGAGAUGCUCACAUCACGUACCGGGAGUUUAUUAGUCUCAUGUGCCAGCGAAAUAUGCUUACAAAGAAAGAACGGCGGGCCGUGCGCGGUGUUAUGGUAUCCAUCGUGUCCAACAUCGUGCCGGAGUCCAUGAAAGAAGACUUCCUGGAACACUACACGUGCUUACCCCCACCGCUGUUUAUGCCCAUUAUAAGUGUGAUCGAGAUCAUUGUGUUUGCUAUAUACGCUGCGAAGCUCGAAGACACAGAUGACCCAGUGACCGCCACUUCCGGUGUCCCAUUGGACAGCCCGUUUAUCUACAAGCCCUCGAGGAGAUACGAAGCCUGGAGAUAUAUCACUUACCUUCUCAUACACCAGGGUUACAUGCACUUAUUGAGCAACCUGAUCUUUCAACUCUUGCUUGGGCUGCCUCUAGAGAUUGUCCACAAGUGGUGGAGGGUGUUGAUCGUGUACUUUGCUGGGGUCGUGGCAGGUUCCCUCGCCCACUCACUCACAGACCACGAUGUUGCGUUGGCUGGAGCAAGCGGAGGAUGUUACGCUCUGAUUGGUGCUCAUCUGGCAUCCGUUGUGGUGAACUGGUCAGAGAUGAACCAUGAGUGUUGUGACGGGAAUCCAAUUCGGUUCCUGCUCAGUGCCCCUGUACGACUCACCGUCCUGCUGCUUCUAGCGGUCUUGGACACCGCCAACGCUGUGUACCGUCGGUUCUUUGACCCAGCCGGCGGCAAAAUUGGAAUCACCGCGCAUAUGGGAGGUCUGGUGGCAGGCCUGUUCCUGGGUAUCGUUAUAAUGAAGAACAUUAAUGAGAAACCUUGGGAAAAGACAGUUGGCUGGAUCACUCUUGCACUGUUCCUAGUGUUUAUAUCAUUUUCGAUUUUCUUCAACGUUCUUUUCCAAGGCUAUCCGGACACUGAUUGGUCCUCGUGUUGUCCAUGA